AUCACCAAUCAAAAUCAAUGCACUUCAAAGUGACAACGCGAAGCCGAAGGGGGUCUGUACUCUAUGUGCUGUAGGGAUUUGUGUUGAAGCUUCAAUUUGUGGGCAUUUUUACUUGUAUUGUAUUGUUAUUGUGCUUUUGUGUUAUUUUUAUGAAAUCAAGUUUUUAAUUUACGUUUCUGUGAUAAUGGACAACAUUUCUGAGGAUCAUGAAAAUCUGAGGGAGUUUCUUGAAGAUGCCGAGCUCCAACAGUAUUAUGAAUUAUUUAGGGAUAUAUUAAAAGUUAGUAAAUUAUCACAAAUGAAGUUUGUUGGGAUUGAUGACUUAAUACAAAUUGGCCUGUCAAGGCCAGAACAAAGAAGAUUUAAGAAAAUUUACUCAAAAUACUUCCCAAAUUCCUACAUAAAUAAGUUAAAAAAGCUACUCCAUAUUAAUAAGAAAAAUGAUCAGAACAAACACAACCAAAUAUUUACGCCUGCUGACUUUCAAUCCGUUGCCGAAGUGAACGUUAAAGUACCUACGAAGCAUAUAAUACCCAUAGAACACAUAACCAUCAACAAGGAGCUUGGCAUGGGACAAUUCGGAGUUGUUCAACAAGGCACAUGGGCUACAGGAACUCAAAGACUGCAAGUUGCUAUUAAGUGUUUAGGAAAUGAACGUAUGACGUCGAAUUCGACAGAGUUUCUCAAAGAGGCCGCAGUGAUGCACAGUAUUGAUCACCCCAAUAUUGUGAGGUUAUAUGGAGUCGUAUUGCACCUUGACUCCUUGAUGUUGGUGACAGAGCUGGCACCACUAAGGUCUCUUCUGGAGUGUCUGCGAGAAGUUACUCUUCGCAAUGACUUCUCAGUGGGUGUACUCUGUCAGUUCGCUGAACAGAUCUGUGAUGGAAUGAAUUAUUUGGACAGCAAAAGACUGAUACACAGGGAUUUGGCGGCGCGGAAUAUAUUGGUGUUCCACAAGGAUUGUGUAAAAAUCUCAGACUUUGGUCUCUCCCGGGCCUUGGGCGUUGGGAAGGACUACUACCAAACUAAUUACAAUGUGAAUCUCAAAUUACCUGUCGCUUGGUGCGCACCAGAAUGUAUUCUAUACUUAAAGUUUACGUCAGCGAGUGACGUGUGGGCUUUCGCUGUGUGCUUAUGGGAAAUGUUCACUUACGGUUUCCAGCCGUGGGCCGCCUUCUCUGGCCAACAAAUACUUGAUGCUAUAGAUGUCCCUAAUUUCCAACGCUUAGAGAGACCGGAGUGUUGCCCAGACGCAUAUUACUCGCUGAUGCUGGAGUGCUGGUCGCAUGACGCGAACAGUCGACCGAAGUUCAAAGACUUGAUCACAAAGUUGCGUCAGAUUAGGCCUGACGAACUUCAAGCCACUGUUAAUUUCAAAAAACCAGAAGAUAAUAAACGACCUUGUCAAUAUCUGGAAUAUAAGGCUGGACAAAAAAUAACUGUCCUUGGAAAGGAGAGUUUCACUAAAUCUUCAAUGUGGUACGGUGUACUAUCCGGCGGUAGCUGCGGUUGCUUCGACCCAAGUUGUACCAAACCCUACGUUAAUGAAGAGCGCGGCGCUUUUGUGCCUGGUUCACUGUCACCGCACCCCAAUCGCAACUCCGCACGCUCCAUCCGUUCAUCGCUGCUGCGGAGCGACGCCAAACGUCACACUUUCACGGGCAAACGCUCUAUAGAAAGGAGCAUGAUAUCUAGCCCCCAGGGUGAUGUCAAACAUACAGUCCACGUUGGGCUCGACGGCGCUUACUUCGGUGAUCUGUCUUUCUUGGAUCCAUCUGGAUGUCCCCCUCGUCAAAUCGUUAUGCCGUACAAGCCGUCGGAAGAUUUGGAGGAAGUUCCUCUGAUAAACCCCAACUCUCCGUCUCAUUUGACUGCUACAACCUCGACUUCACCCUAUCCGUUAUUGAGCUCAAACAAACCAGAUGAAGUGGAAUUGUCUUUGGAUGGCGGGAAAUCCAAGGGUCCAAAGAAACCCUAUAAGUCACUUUUGGAAUCCUCAACGAGUAAAAGCCUUCUCAGCAAGGUGAAAAAUGCUACGUUGGGUCGAGCGCACAAAACUGAAGAUCUCACGAAGAAUGACGAGGUGCACGAAUAUUAUGAAAUAUCUGAUACUGAUACGGAGAGUACUGCAGCCGAAGUGAGGGUUGAUGUUCUUCCUGAAAGUCCUAAGGGGUGUAACGACUUCAGCCAAAGUUUGCUGGAUGAAAUGGAAACCAUUUUCAAAAGUCUCGAUGACAGGGAAGAUAGCUCCGACGAAGAAAUCACAAUAUAUGGAUUCAAGUCGUCCCAUUACAGAUUAGCGUACAUUUAAAUAGUUAAUUAAAUGCCUAUCUCGAUGAGUACUGCUUACGUAUAUUUUAAGCUUGCAAAAAAUAUACAGUUAGAGUGCGCGCAAGAUAAGUUUGAUCGCGACUGGUCUUUGCCGCGAUCUCUUUUACCCACCUAGAGAUAGAUAGAGGUAGACGACAAUAUGGCGGCAUUUGAUUCUUGGUUUUCGCCACGCGCAAACUUGUUGUGUGCGCACUCUACUAUGUACUAACUAACUAACAAACAUGUAUUUCGGAUACUAGGUUUUGUGAAUUUGCUGUAGUUAAAGAAGUUUUUUUACCUUCACAGUCUUUUCGUAACCCAGAUCUAGGUCCACCAUAAACAAUCAAUAUUUAAAAAAUACUUACUAAUUAUAAAAAACAUUACUUUAUGUCCAUGACACAUUUUUUAUUGUAAAGAUCAAAAUGUAAAUUAUAUCAAGAAGGCAAGUUAUAAAUAAACACGUCAAUUCUCAUUUUCCCAUCAUAGGAUGGCCGAAUUAUUUUCGCCGAUUUUAUUAUUUAAGUAUAAGAGUCUACUAAACUUUCGGUAUUCGGCUAAGUUCAAGUAUACUAUUCAUUUGCAAGUUUAAUGUAUUUGUAAUUAGUACUCAUUAAUUUGGGCUCUUUCAAACGUUUUUCGGGGCUAUAG